GUGGGCACUUAGCUUGCAUCAAGCAGCCGGCCACUAGAGGACCUCUAACUUUCUCCCUUCUCCGGUUCAGUUGCGAAGACUGAGUUAAGGUGCAAAAUGGUUACCUCUUCGCUCUCUGUCCUGCGAGCGUGCGGGUUGUACCAAUGGGGCCUGAAGAAUUGGGCGCGAAUGUCAGGGCCUCCUCUGCUUAGGCUGGGUGGCCGCAGCACUUGGGCUUCUUCACGGACAACUGCGACACUAAGCCUGAAGCCCUCGGGCCGCUGCUGCUGGGACGAGCCGCUGCACAUCGCAGUGCGCGGCCUGGCCCCCCAACAGCCGGUCACGCUGCGCGCGUCCCUGCGCGACGAGAAGGGCGCGCUUUUCCGCGCCAACGCGCGAUACCGCGCGGACGCAGAGGGCAAGCUGGACCUGGCGCGCGCGCCCGCGCUGGGCGGCAGCUUCGCGGGCCUGGAGCCCAUGGGGCUGAUCUGGGCCAUGGAGCCUGAUAAGCCGUUUUGGCGCCUGGUGAAGCGGGACGUGCAGACGCCCUUCGUGGUGGAGCUGGAGGUGUUGGACGGCCACGAGCCCGACGUCGGGCAGCAGCUGGCCCGGGCGCUGCACGAGCGCCACUUCAUGCUGCCCGGGGUGCGGCGGGUGCCAGUGCGGGAGGGCAGGGUGCGGGCCACGCUGUUCCUGCCGCCAGAACCUGGGCCCUAUCCUGGGAUUGUGGACCUGUUUGGACUUGGAGGUGGCCUUCUGGAGUACCGAGCUAGUCUGCUGGCUGGCAAAGGUUUUGCUGUGAUGGCUCUGGCUUAUUAUGGCUAUGAUGACCUUCCCCGGAGCCUAGAGACUGUGCACCUGGAGUACUUUGAGGAAGCUGUGAACUACCUGCUCCAUCACCCUGAGGUAAAGGGUCCAGGGAUUGGGCUGCUUGGGAAUUCCAAAGGAGGAGAACUCUGCCUUGCCAUAUCCUCUUUCCUGAAGGGCAUCACGGCUGCAGUCAUAAUCAAUGGCUCUGUGGCUGUUGUUGGGGCAAGCAUACACUACAAGGACGAGACGCUGCCCCCUGUGGGUAUCAUGAGAGAUCGAAUCAAGGUGACCAAAGAUGGCAUCAUGGAUGUUGUGGAAGCCCUGAAAAGUCCUUUGGAAGACCAGAAGAGCUUUAUUCCCGUGGAGAAGUCUGACACCACCUUCCUGUUCCUUGUGGGUCAGGAUGACCACAACUGGAAGAGCGAGUUCUAUGCUAAUGAGGCCUCUAAACGCUUGCAGGCCCAUGGGAAGGAGAAGCCCCAGAUCAUCUGUUACCCAGAAGCAGGACACUACAUUGAGCCCCCUUACUGGCCCCUGUGCAGGGCUGCCCAUCAUGUCUUGGUGGGUGGUCCUAUUGUCUAUGGAGGGGAACCCAGGGCUCAUACCAUGGCCCAGCUGGAUGUGUGGGAACAACUCCAGACUUUCUUUCACAAACACCUGGGUGGUGAGAGUUAAGGAGGGCUCUUCCAAAAAUUUAACCCAUUAUCUAAAGGUUUGGAGGAUAAAACUUGAAUAUAUUCUAAGGACACCAGUUAAGAUUAGUUCAACUGAUUAGAGGAGUUAUUAUUAUAACUCUUCUAAGUUGCAUACUGUUAUUUUUAAAUAUUACUAUUCAAAAUAGUGUCUAUCCAAGGGCUGGGGUUGUAGCUCAAUAGUAGAGCACUUGCCUAGCAUGCACAAGGUCCUAGGUUUAAUCCCCAAUACCUCAAAAAAAAAAAAAGUGCCUAUCCAAAAAAUGAUAUCAGGAAUGAAAAGGGAGCCUUAAGUAUAUACACUUUUAUUAAAUUAAAAAUUGGACCAGUAUAGACAAAGCAAUUGUCUCUUUCAUUUCUUAGGUUACUGCUGCUACCCAUGCAGCAACAACAAAGGAUCUUGAGUAGGGGCUAUGAGAGAUUAAGAAAAACACAGAGGGCUGGGAUGUGGCUCAAGCGGUAGCGCGCUUGCCUGGCAUGCAUGCGGCCCGGGUUCGAUCCUCAGCACCACAUACAAAGAUGUUGUGUCCGCCGAUAACUAAAAAAAAAUAAAUAUUAAAAUUCUAAAAAAAAAAAAAAAAAGAAAAACACAGAGACAUUUUUAAGCAAGGCUGGGGCCAAGUGGGACACUGCCCUCUGAUGGAGAAAUAGUGACACAGAACUAGCUCAGCAUGUUUAUUAUAUAGGGUCUCAUUAUCAGGAAGUUUAACUACAGAAGCUUUGUAAAUUGUUCAAGGCUUGUGAGUUAUGAAGAGGCUUCUUUGUGUACUAUAAAGUUACAGAGCUAGAAACAUUUUUGUAGUUAUCCUGCUGUUACAGUGUUAGGAACUUCCUGCUGCUAUCCUGCUGUACCCAGAAAACCCAUUUACUAGAACAUCCGACUAUUUCCCAGGAGUGGCUUUUUCCUACACUGUAGUAUCAGCCGAUAACUGGGGCUCAUUCACUUUCCAUAGGAUAUUGUCCCCUCUAUCACCCUCAUUCCUGGAAGUCAUAUUUGGGAUAUAUUAUUAUGUAUCUUUCCAGAUGUUAUGCUUUAAUAUACUAUAUGUAACAAUAAAAAUGCUUUUUAUCGCACAAA